GAAAGCCUAAUGAAGCCAUCGGCAUCGCUCCCGGGCCAACAACCAUACCUCGACAUAUGCAAAGAAGCACAAGCAUGUCUAUAGAGAUCAGCGAUAUAAAGCUGUCCAAGCUGAAGCCCCUCGAGCACCAACAUUUUGAGCCGCCCACACAAUUUCGCAGCCGCUUCGACGUUGACCACCACGAUGAGAAGAUACACGUUCUACUAUGCGCAACGGGAUCUGUUGCAACGAUCAAGAUACCGAAUAUGAUCAAUGCGCUCGCAAAGCACCCAAAUGUCGCGAUUCGACUCAUCUUCACGACUUCGGCAAAGAACUUCCUGCAAGGGCAGAGCGACGAACAACCAUCACUCAUGUCGAUAGAGGCACUUCCAAACGUUGAGGGCAUUUACUUUGACGAGGACGAAUGGAAGGAGCCUUGGAAGCGUGGCAACAAGAUCUUGCACAUAGAGCUGCGUCGAUGGGCAGACAUCAUGGUCAUUGCUCCUCUGAGCGCAAAUGAGAUGGCGAAGAUCACACAGGGCUAUUCAGACAACCUGUUGUUGUCUGUAGUGCGUGCAUGGGACACUACAGGUCUGAUUGACCCGCUCAGAGAGAUACCGGGUGUGACGUGGCCUGCUGAAGACAGCUGGAAGGACGGGCCGAAGAAGAAGAGAAUCCUCGUUGCACCGUCUAUGAAUACAGCUAUGUGGCUGCAGCCGAUCACAGGGAAGCAGAUUCAGAUGCUCGAAAAUGAGUGGGGUGUCAAGAAUGGAGGCUGGUACGAGGUUUUGCAGCCCAUGAUGAAAGAGCUGGCUUGUGGAGACAUUGGCGGCGGCGCCAUGAAAGAUUGGAGGGAGAUUGUAGGGAUAAUUGAAGCGAGACUGGGUCUGACGGCUGGUGAGCACUGAAGCAUGUUUUGGUGUCCAGCCGAACAUGCCCGCAUGAUGGCCUUCGAGGACUGUUCGACCACUGAAGCUCAUCAAGCAUGGGCAAGCGAGCAGUGACUUGGAGCAUCUGACAUCCGUGAUAUUGUAACAAUGGUCCGAGAUGAGAAUUCUCGCUGUGUAACAGCACGGUGUGUGUAUGAGUAUGGCUUGUGCACCCAGCAUUACUGCGACGUCCAAAAGCGCGAAGAUCAGUGCCGACGAAUCUCCGAUGCAUUACACAAAUUUCGUCGUUAUAAGAACUGCACAUUCCUUGCAUCCAUGUUCAUGUUUAACAAGACAGUCCUCUGGACUGUCCGAGACUUCGGUGACCGUCAGAAUGUUUGGUACGCAACUUCCAGGCUUCCGUUCUAU